GGGGCAGGUGGUGUUCUGACCCGUUCCAUUCCUGGGGUAUGACUGGCCUCUGAAGGUUUGAGUGUGUCUGAAGGGACCCCCCUGAAGAGGUGACACUGUGGAGCCGGGGUUGCUGGUGACACACGCCGUCCUGUACAGAUGCUGACCUCUCUUCAGACAGCGAUGGAGACCCCUGAGUGGUCCUGCUCCACGCCACCCCAGCGCCCACACAGCAGAGCUGCCAUGGUGUUGGGGAUACUGGCUAUGCUGGGCCUUAGCUUUGUGUCUCUCACCUUCAUCCUGUGGCAAGUGCCCCCUUCUUUCACUGGUCACCAGAUGUGCCCUGAGGAAGUUCUGUCCAGGUCUUGGGAGCCCCUGGGUGGAGACAUUGGGCAGCAGAGUGACUCCUGUCAACUCAUCCUUGUGGAAAGCAUCCCUCAGGACCUGCCAUUUGCAGCUGGCAGCCCUACUUCCCAGUCCCUGGCCCAGGCCUGGCUGCAGCUCCUGGACACUGCUCAGGAGAGUGUCCACGUCGCCUCCUACUACUGGUCCCUCACGGGGCCCGACAUCGGGAUCAAUGAUUCAUCUUCCCAGCCGGGAGAGGCUCUUCUACAGAAGCUGCAGCAGCUGCUAGUCAGGAACAUCUCCCUGGCGGUGGCCACCGACAGCCCAACACUGGCCAAGGAGUCCAUUGACCUCCAGGUCCUGGCCGCUCAUGGUGCCCAGGUGCGACAAGUGCCUAUGAGGCGGCUCACUGGGGGCGUCCUGCACUCCAAAUUCUGGGUUGUGGAUGGGCGACAUGUCUACAUAGGCAGUGCCAACAUGGACUGGCGAUCCCUGACUCAGGUGAAGGAGCUUGGUGCUAUCAUCUACAACUGCAGCCGCCUGGCUCAGGACCUGGAGAAAGCUUUCCAGACCUACUGGGCGCUAGGGGCUCCCCGGGCUGUCGUCCCUAGAACCUGGCCUCAAAACUUCUCAUCCCACAUCAACCGCUUCCAUCCCCUGCGAGGCCUCUUUGACGGGAUGCCCACCGCUGCUUACCUCUCGGCCUCACCGCCCUUACUCUGCCCCCAUGGCCGGACCCGGGAUCUGGAUGCAGUGCUAGCAGUGAUGGAGGGUGCUCGGGAGUUCAUCUACGUCUCAGUGAUGGAGUACUUCCCCACCACACGCUUCACCCGCCCUGCCAGGUACUGGCCCGUGCUAGACAAUGCACUGCGGGCAGCAGCCUUCAACAGGGGUGUGCGUGUGCGCCUACUGGUCAGCUGCUGGUCCAACACGGACCCCACCAUGUUUCCUUAUCUGAGGUCCCUGCAGUCCCUCAGCAACCCCUCGGCUGGCAUCUCGGUGGAUGUGAAAAUCUUCAUUGUGCCCAUGGGCAAUCACUCCAACAUCCCAUUCAGUCGGGUGAACCACAGCAAGUUCAUGGUCACGGACAAGACAGCCUACAUUGGUACUUCCAACUGGUCAGAGGAUUACUACAGCAGCACUUCUGGCGUGGGCCUGGCGGUCAGUCAGAAGGCCCCUGGUGCCCAGCAGGGCAAGGUACCUGUGCAGGAGCAGCUUCGGAGACUCUUCGAGCGUGACUGGAGUUCCCGCUAUGCUGUGGGCCUGGACGGACAAGCUCCUGGCCAGAACUGUGUUUGGCAGGCCUGAGGCCCGGUCCCUUUGGCUCUGGCGCCCACUGCUCUAGGUGGACAUAGAUGCCCACUAGGCUUCCACCAGCUCAAGCUCUGAAACUGAGUGAGCAAAAGCACAUCAUGCUGGGCCUGGUUCUGUAAUCUGGUCCACACGGCUCUCAGUGAGAACCAGACUGCGCUUGACUUUUAAAUGGAGAGGGGAAGGAUGACCUUCAGUGAUGUGGAAAGAAGGAAAGAAACCAUCACCCAGCUGUCCGUCUCUGGCCCACCUACAAUGGGUUGCUAGGGCCAUCCCCAGCUGUAAAGUUAGUGCAGCCCGGCUACAACCCAGUAAA